AUGAAUCAAACAAUUGUUUUCUUUCUCCUACUCGUAGUCAAUGGUAUUUGCUUGGCGAAAGCAAUCGAUACAAGUACAUGCAGCUGCACAUGUUGCUCGGGAAGCGGUUGUAAACCAGCAUUUCAAGGUGCUUUCCCUCUGGAUUCUUGUUUUAUUAUGCGGUGUAUGGAAUUAUGCAGCGCAAAAUAUGCAGCGUGUCCACUCUUCGGAUCUGGCGGUCAUCUAGGCGCACACCCGAAGAAAUCAAGUCCUGAGAUUACUACAAUAAUAUCAUCUACAUCUACAUCAGAGUCAACACUCCCAUCCACAACUACAUCUGCAUCUACACCCACAUCGGCACCGACAACCAUUACUACUCAGAAGUUCGCGUGGUUGAAUACUGGCGACAUGAAUUUUGCAAGACAUGAACAUACAGCAUCGUUAUUACCCGAUGGUAAAGUCUUGGUGACGGGUGGAACUGAAAAUAUGUCUAUUCAAAAUGCUGCUGAGUUGUAUGAUCCAUCAACAGGACUUUGGACAACGACUGGUGUUAUGAAUGAUAUUCGUAAGGGACAUAUAGCGGUCGUAUUAAAAUCUGGCAAAGUUUUAGUGGCCGGUGGGUACAACGAAAAUGCAUACUUAAACACAGCAGAAUUAUAUGACCCAUUGACAGGAAUGUGGACGAUGACUGGCAGUAUGAAUGAUGCACGCAAUUUUGCUGCAGCUUCUAUCUUAGAAAACGGAAAAGUGUUGAUUUGUGGAGGAAAUAAUGCAAAUAAUAUUUUGAAUACGGCAGAACUAUAUGAUCCAUCGGGAGACCUUUGGACGGCUACUCGAAACAUGCACUAUGCUCGAAAUGGACAUACAGCAUCUUUAUUAUUAGAUGGACAUGUACUCGUUACUGGUGGAUUCAGUGAUCAUACAUAUUUAGAUAGUACAGAAUUCUUUGAUUCAUCCACAGAAAGUUGGAUAAUCGCCUACACUAUGCAUUUUAAGCGGCAGUAUCACAUAGCAAUUGUGUUAUCAAACGGAAAAGUACUUGUCACAGGUGGAUCUUUUGGCGGUACGACACAAGAUACUGCUGAAUUAUACGAUCCAGUGAAGGAUUUGUGGGACAAAGCUGGUACAAUGAUACAUAAAAGACAUAACCAUGUGGGGAUCUUAUUAAAGAAUGGAGAAGCGUUGGUAAGUGGAGGAUCCGAUGGUAUUCAUGCUCUCAAAAGUGCGGAGUUAUAUAAUCCAUCAACAAGAAUGUGGAAAAGCGCAGGCGAUAUGAAUUAUAAACGAGAAUUUCAUGCUGUAUCCCGACUGACAGAUGGUCGUGUAUUAAUGAUCGGUGGAUUCUAUGGUGACGCAGAUUUAAGUAGUACUGAAUUAUAUAAUCCUGAAUUUUGA